GACGAGCUAGCUAUGAACGAAGCGACCUACAUAUUGGCCAGGAUGGCUCAGAGAUUCAAGCACCUGCAGCGAGUCGAUGACGACCCCCGGGUAGAGAGCAUAUCGAUUGGCACUACCUCGGCGAAUGGAGCUAAGGUUCGUAUCAUCCCAGAGUAGGCCCGGGUCCUCUGAGAAUUGUGUUGGCAGGAGAGACCUAAGUCGAAUACCAGUUGAAGCCUCCAUAGCAGUUCGUUAUUAUCCCAUUGUGUAUGUACCCUUGCUUUGCGCCAUCUUCAGAUUUAAAAGCGCGUUAUCGCACCACUCCUCUUCGCCGCCUCCAAUACCCGAACCCGCGUCUACUCCUUCCUCUCGGGUAUCGGUUCCGUGUUCUCCAGGACUUUAUCUUCUUCCUCCCCACUCUUCUCUUUCCGCUGCUGCUUCUCCUUCAACGUCUUCCUCCUCGCGAUCUCCGUACUAUCCAACUCCGCAAUAAACGCCGCCCCCUCCCCAAUCUCGACCGGCCGUUCCUGCGCCGCCAACUCGACCACAUCCUGCCCCGCAUACAUCUCCCUCACAUCAUCUCCCUUCCUAUCCUUCUCAUCCCCACCGGCAGCAGCCCCAGCAUCUCGCCCUUCACCCUCUUCAAGAUCUCCUCCUCGGGCGUAUCGCCCUUGAUCUCCGGCUCGCCCUGCGCCUUGCGCUUCUGGCCCCACUUCCUGCGCCGGCGGCGGAUGCAGAUGAAGGCGACGGCGAAGAGGAUGAUGACGACGCCGGCGACACCGACGCCGACGCCGAUGGUGGUCGUGAUAGUGAGGCCGCGGUGCGGUUUUUCGGUGGGCGACGGUGAGGGCGUGGGCGUGGCAGGGGUAGGUGUUGACGACGACGUUGUCGUCGUCGUAAGCGUAGUAAGGGUUGCCAUAGCCGCGAUUCGUGUAGAUUGCAACGGAAGAGGUUGUGGGCUGGCUCAGAUGGCGCUGCAUAGGGCCAUGGAAAGCGAGUGGAGGCGUGCAAAACGAACGUCGUGUGAGAUCGAAAGGAGGCUUGGUGGAAGGGAGCGUGAGCCUGUGCCUCGCUCGCUGCUGCGCCGUUUCAUGGCGGCUGGGGUGUUUGUUGGGAUCUUCGGUCUGGGCCGUGCACGUGAUCGCGCGAGGGACCCGAGUGAAUGGUUGCAGGAUGCAGGGCGUAGAUAGAGGAAUUAGCCGUUAUUACCAGACGACUUGGCGCGUUUUCGAGCCCAGGACGUUCAAGCAUCAUGCGGAUAAAACUUAGUGGAACAUCAAUCGGAAAAAGUAGGAAGACGAUGCAACAGGUACUGAGAAGUUUAU